AUGGCGUUGAAGAUCAGUACGACGGCGAUGUUUGUGGUAGUUUGCCUAGCGGCGGCGGCGGCGGCGCCGCGGUGCCGGGGUGAUGCGUCGGAGGAGAGAGUUCACAUGGCGGAGGCGAUGCAGGAAGCCAAGGACCGCGCUGACUCUUGGGCUGAUUGGGCUAUGCACAAGUUCUCCCAGAAAAUUGGAACGGAUACAGACAGCACCUACGACACGGCCAACAAGUUUGUGGACAAAACCAAAGAUGCUGCUUCCAAAUCAACGGACACAAUUAAUUCUGCCGCAUAUGAGUCAUCAAAAUACGCUUCGGAGAAGGCCAAUGAGGUUGCCGACGCGACUUCUGAGAAACUCGGCCAGGCAAGAAACUAUGCCUCGGAAAAAGCGGGCCAUGCCAUGAAAGCGGCCUCAGAGAUGGCCUCCCGAGCCCAUGAAAGCGGCAAAGACACAGCAAACUACGCCUCGGAAAAAGCGGGCGAAGCCAUGCACGCGGCCUCCGACAUUGGCUCCCGAGCCCACGAAAUUGGGAAGGAAAAAGCGAACUGUGCGUACGAAGAUGCCUCCGAAAAACUCAGCCAGGGCAAAAACUAUGCCUCGGAAAAAGCAGGUGAAGCCGUGCACGCGGCCUCCGACAUUGGCUCCCGAGCCCACGAAAUUGGGAAAGACAAAGCAAACUAUGCCUACAAAUCUGCCUCGGAUCUUGCCUCCGAUGCAAAAGAAAAAGCCCAAGAUGUGUACACAACAGCAAAGGACAAGGGAUACGAGACCACAAAUAGAGCGGGCAACAAUGUUUACAAUGCGUACGAGGGGGCUUCGGAUAGGGCCGCUCGAUCAAUGGAUAAUGUCAAAGAUCGAGCUAACGGUGCUUACGAGUCGGCUAAAGAAGGGAUUGCAAGUAAGGGGGAGCAGGCAAUAAAGAUGGCGACAGAGAAGGCAGGUGAUGCGCGGGACAGAGCGUUUGAUUCGUACGAGGAUGCGAAGUCGAGGGUUCGCAAGGCGUACGGAUCGGCUAGGGAAAAGAUGUCGGAAGGGGCGAGAGAGAAAUACGAGGCGGCUAAAGAGAAGGCUUCGGAUGCUGCAGGCGAGGUGGGAGCUCGGAUGAGGACGGGCACGGCUGAGCUUUAA